AUGCACAUCAUCUUGACAGGUGCCACCGGCUUGGUGGGCAGCUCCGUCUUAGACGCCAUGAUCAAGGCCAAGGGCAUUACCAAAAUCUCCAUUCUCAGCCGCAAGCCGAUACGCAUGGUCGAGGACGCCAAAGAUCCCCGAAUCAACGUCAUCCUCCACCAGGACUUUGAAAAGUACGACUCAAAGGUGCUGGAACAACUGCAAGGCGCAAGGGCGUGCGUCUGGGCCCUCGGCAUUAGCCAGACCAAGGUCAAUGCCCAAGAAUAUGUCAAAAUCACCAAGGACUACACCCUCGCCGCCGCAAAGUCCUUUUCUACGCUCACAACGUCGCCGUCAGAGCCAUUCCGCUUCAUCUAUGUAUCGGGUGAAGGCGCUACGCAGAAGCCGGGCCGCUUCUCUGCCAUUUUUGCUCGAGUCAAAGGAGAGACGGAGACGGAGCUGGGUAAUUUGACGGCCUCCUCGCCGACGAGCAUCCAGGCAGAUUCCGUGCGACCAGCUUUCGUGGAUCCGAGGGAGCACAAGGCUAUUCUGCCAUAUAUUCCGGACCCGGGCGCGCUGUACAAGGUUAGUGUUGCCGCGCUGUCGCCCUUUAUCGGCUUGAUGAAGGGGAUGCAUUCGCCAACAGAACACUUGGGAGACUUUUUGACCAGGUUGGCCAUGGGGAAAGUGGAUUCGCAGCUGGAGGGGCCCGGAGCAUUUAAACUGGGCGGCUCGUGGGUUAUUGAGAAUGUCGGUUUCAGGAGGAUCAUGGGAUUGUCGGGGUAG